AUGAUGAUGGCGGACCUUCCGUCGUACCAGGAAGCCGUUAGCCGCAUCGACUGGCUGCCCAUUGUUGCGCCAUAUAUUCCCCUGCGGGACUAUGCACGCCUCUGCCGCGUGUCUCGAAGGUUCCGUGAGCAGUUCGCUGCCCGCCUAUGGAACGAUCCUCUCAGGGCUGUGCGAUCCCUCGGUCUCCAUCCAGAGUCGGAUCUGGAUUGGUACUACCACUUCAUUUACAAGCACGUCAAGCUUGUCCGUAGAGAGACACUAGCUCUUGUGCGCUCCCUCGACUUUCGGGGUUUUGCCAAGGGUGUCGGUUUCUUUGAUGACCACCCGGAACGAAACCUGCCGGAGAGCUGCCGCCUCUUCCCCGGGCUGUUCCCGAACCUCCGGUGCAUCUUACUCGAUGGCCAUCCGGAGUGCGACCCCGGUUUCUUGACGAAACCCCGGGAUGCGAAGGCGUUGGAUGGCUUGGAGAGACACUCGCCAUUGCUGCUCAGCCUGGCCAAUGGCAACCAGCAGCUGCCCUUGUCCUUCUUCGAGUCAAGAUAUGCGACCCAAGUGGUCUAUCUGGAUGUCUCCUAUCUGCCCGGAUCCCUGAAAAGCUCCCUCCUUCAGGGGUCCUUCAACCCUCGCUGCCUCCCGAACCUGAAGAUCCUCAAGGCCAGGGGGCGUGAGAUGGAUGAUGCUACCGCCACGAUCCUCUUUAGUACCGUCAAACACCGCCUCUGGAGCCUUGAUCUGAGUGAAAACCCUUUGACCGAUGCCAUCGCAUCUCACAUGCUGUCCGAGAGCUUCUGUGGGACUUCUCUACAGCGUGAUGCGCACUUUGAGAUCGAAGGCAAGCUGGGCGUGCCCGUCAGGGCUGGAAGCAGUUCUCAUGGCCCCUUCGUCUUUAUUCAUGAGUCUCGAUAUAGUGCUGGCCACUGCCACCCAGACCGUUAUCUGGUGGAUGCUCCUGCCUACUUUCAGCAUGCAGAAACCCUUCCGGAGGACUUGUCGGGUCUACGAUCUGACGGCGCAGGCAGGGCCAGGCCAGAUACCGUUGAAGAUGUCAAAAUGAUACUGUCGGGCGGUGCUGGUCAGUUAUCGCCGGAUAUCGAAGACGUGAUCCACGGCGAGAUUUGCAGAGGCCAUGGCGGCAUCACUCACCUGCGGCUGAAUGGCACUGCCAUGACUGCCGCAGGUGCCGAGCUCCUUCUCAGGAACUCGCUGGGCCAUCUCGAGCACUUCGAGUGCGACUCGAUGGAGCUCUCGGGCAUUGAUCUCCCGAUUCAUUGGUCAUACCAGUACCGUAAAGUCUACGGGCUCUUGGGGGCUGCCCACCUGCUUCGUCCCGUCGUAUCAUCCAACCUCCGGGGCUUGCGCAUACACCAUUCGCUAGUGACGCUGUCGCCGACCCUCGAGCUGGACUGGCGCAUAACGAGGACCGACAUGUGGCUCGCCGAGACUCACCUCCAGAAGGCGGCGGCGCUCAUGUACCCCGAAGCCUUUGUGCCGGACAUGAACCCACGGCUUCGGUCACUCACGCUGACCAGACUGCCGCGGUUCUCCUCGGGGCCUGUUAUCGAGAGGAUAGUUGAUUUCCUCAAGCUCGCAGCAGCGCAGGAAGCUGCCAUCAAAGAAGCUAGAGUGUCAUCUUCUCGUCGAAGCCCGCACCUGCUCGAUGGCUUGAGGCACAUACGCCUCGAGUUCGAGCCCAGUCCUUUCGAGGAUGCAGAUCAGACUCUGGACCAGGAUGGAGCUAGUAAGCUUUUGAAAUCUACCGACGAGGAGUUCAGCUUCUUUGCCGACGAGACCUGGGAUCUAUCUUCCACCUCUCAGGCUCCCCAAGUGCCCAGGAAGGCAAGCAAUGCUGCGUCUUCUGUCCUUGGAGAUACUUCGUCGGAUGAAACGCCUCGGAAUCACCCGUACACAAGGACGGGGUCAGAAUACGUAGAACACGUCGGGCGGUGGAAUAAUGAAGAGUUCUCCGUCCCUGUGUGGGUCGGCAACGGGGCUUCGGGGCCCCACGAAGCUGUCAACAUCUACAUGAGGAACGUCUGCGACCCAUCUCUCCGCAGGGACGUCAUACCCGCCACGCCCUGCCACGUCCGCGCUGGUGCUCCGGCAGGCACGUACCUGUUCUCUGCGGCUUGGCACGCUGGUCUGCAGCUUAGCGACGGGCGACUUCCAACCGAUGCCGACCUGAAAGGCAUGCGUGAUGUCGUCGAGGCUAUCAAGGAGCACCGGGCGAGGACGAGGCUCUCUCACGAACGUCGGUCCGCUCCCGACUAUAAAGGACAAGAAUCUGAGCCACACUGGGCGGGACGCCUCGAGGUGGUGCUUCAGGACAGUGCGGCCCACCGCCAUUCAUCCAAAUAUUGGAGGUGA